GGCCCAGGAAAUGCAGCUGUACUGCCGGAGCAAGCCUGAGCUCUGUCCGUGAUGGCUGAGGACCAUGUGGCCUUGAAGUCUGGGUUUGGGGCCAUGGAGGGAGCCACAGGCAGCCGCCCAGGCCUCCCGGAGAAGCCAGUUCCCACGGCCGCCAGCCCCACUCUGUCCUCGCUGGGCGCCGUCUUUAUCCUCCUAAAGUCUGCGCUGGGGGCCGGCCUGCUCAACUUCCCCUGGGCCUUCUACAAGGCAGGCGGGGUGACCCCUGCCUUCCUGGUGGAGCUGGUCUCCCUGGUCUUCCUCAUCAGCGGGCUGAUCAUCCUGGGCUACGCUGCUUCCGUCAGCGGCCAGGCCACCUACCAGGGCGUGGUUGGAGACCUGUGUGGCCCCACCAUUGGGAAGCUGUGUGAGGCCUGCUUCAUUGUCAACCUGCUCAUGAUCUCCGUGGCCUUCCUCAGGGUGAUUGGGGACCAGCUGGAGAAGCUGUGCGGCUUCCUGCUGCCCAGUGCCCCGCCGGCCGUGCAGCCCUGGUACACCGAGCAGCGCUUCACCCUGCCCCUGCUCUCCGCACUCGUCAUCCUGCCGCUGUCUGCCCCGCGGGAGAUCGGGUUCCAGAAAUACACGAGCAUCCUAGGCUCCCUGGCCGCCUGCUACCUGGCCCUGGUCAUCAUGGUGCAGUACUACCUCGGGCCCCCAGGCCUCGUCCAUGAGCCCCGCCCUACAGCGAGGCCCUCCUCCUGGACCUCCGCGUUCAGUGUCUUCCCGACCAUCUGCUUCGGAUUCCAGUGUCACGAGGCCGCGGUGUCCGUCUACUGCAGCAUGCGCCACCACAGCCUUUCCCGCUGGGCCCUGGUCUCCGUGCUGUCCCUGCUGGCCUGCUGCCUCAUCUACUCGCUCACAGGGGUUUAUGGCUUCCUGACCUUCGGGACGGACGUUUCUGCUGACAUCUUGAUGUCCUACCCUGGCAACGACGUCGUCAUCAUCGUGGCCCGGGCUCUCUUCGGGGUCUCCAUCGUGACUGUCUAUCCCAUCGUGCUCUUCCUGGGGAGGUCGGUGAUGCAGGAUUUCUGGAGGAGGAGCUGCUGCCUGGCAGGUGGGCUCGGGGCCCUGGCGGAGCCCUCAGGGCCGUGGGUCCGGGCGCUGCUGACCGUGCUGUGGGUGGCCGUGACGCUGGCCAUGGCCCUGUUCCUGCCUGACCUCAGCGAGAUCAUCGGCAUCAUCGGGGGCAUCAGUUCCUUCUUCAUCUUCAUCUUCCCAGGCCUGUGCCUCAUUUGUGCUGUUGGCGUCGAGCCCGUGACUCCACGUGUCAAGUGCUGCUUGGAGGUGUGGGGAGUGGUCUCCGUGCUCGUGGGCACCUUCAUCUUCGGGCAGAGCACGGUGGCUGCGGCCUUGGAACUCUUCUGAGCGGGAGGGCUCGGCCCGGCCUCCACGCGGCACUGGUGCGGCACCCCUGUCCUUCCAUCAUAAAGAUGCUGCAGAAACGGAUGCGUCCUGUCUUCUGAGGGUGCUCAUUUGGGCUUCUGUGGGUUCGGAGGGUUUCGGGUGCGGUGCCGAGGAGGGUGUAUUGAUGUCCUGGGACUCCCCUUACAGAAGGCCACGUGCUGGGGGCCUCAGACAGCAGCCAUCCAUCCCCGCAGUCCCGGGGGCUGGGGUCUGGGAUCGAGGCUUGGGCAAGGCCGUGCUCCCCCUGAGGGCU